UAUUGCACUUCCGGAACCAACUACAGAUAAACUUCCUCUUUUUCUACAGAAACCAUCUCGGUUUGCUAGAGGACCAUUUAUAAUCUGAAUUAAACCACUCCUUUUGCUUUCUUAGCCAAAUCACCAAAAUGUCCAGUUAGAGCAAGAAUUUAGCAUUCUGCAAAAGAAGUUAAAGCUGAGAGGAAACAUUCUGAAAUGGAUGCCAAAUAUUUCAUCUUAAUUUUGUUUUGUGGACACCUGAACAAUGUAUUUUUCUCGGAGACAGAGGCGAUUACAACAGAGAAGGAACAACAGUCUACUUUAUUUAGAUCAUCAAUGCCAUAUGUCUCCACUAAUUCUCAAGGUACAACAGAGAAUCCUUUGGGUCAACGAACGCAAUUCAACAACCUUUCCUCUGGACAACCAAUAUCAACUGCUAAAGCUGCUGCUGGACAACCAACGCCAGCUGCCUAUGCCUCUUCUGAGAAACCAGCAGCAUCCACUUCUGCUGGACAACCGCUUGCCCAUAAUGUCACCAGAAAACCAAUACCAAUGGCCAACGCCUCCUUCCCAGGAACAGCCAUACCUGUGUUCACCUCUGCCAGACAACUAUCAUCAUCUGACCAUACUUCUACCAGACAACCACCACCAUUUGACUAUACUCCCCCUCAACAACCAUCAUCUAUGCACACUUCUAGAAAAUUAACACCAACGACUGCUCAUAAUCUAGCCACAAAACCAAAACGAGCUAUCAGAAGUACACCAGGAUUCAUCCUAGAAACUAUCAGUAACAAAAUUACCCCAAAGAGUACCAAUUCUAAUUCAAUAGCUGCCAUAUUAAUUGGUGUAAUUAUGACUUCUAUGUUGGUAGCUAUAAUCAUGAUUGUAUUAUGGAAAUGCUUGCGAAAACCAGUGUCAAACGACCAAAAUUGGGCAGGUAGGUCUCCAUUUGCUGAUGGUGAAACCCCUGAUAUGUGUUUGGAUGACAUCAGAGAAAAUGAAGUAUCUACAAAACGUACAUCAAUUAUUUCACUUAUGGCCUGGAAACCAAGCAAAAGCACGCUUUUAGCAGAUGAUUUAGAAAUUAAGUUGUUUGAAUCAAGUGAGAACAUUGACGAUUCCAAAAACCCCAAAACAGAGAAAAUAAAAGAUCAAGCAAAUGGUACAUCAGAGGAUAGUGCUGAUGGAUCAACAGAUGGCACUGCAGUUUCUUCUUCAGAUGAUGUAGAUCUGCCUCCACCGCCUCCUCCCCUUCCUGAUUUGGAAGGGCAGGAGAGUAACCAAUCUGACAAUCUCACAAUGACAACUGUAUCUCCUCUUCCAAGUGAUUCUACCAAUUUCCCACCACCUCUGGACUGUCUCCAUCAAGUCUGUGAAGAUCAUAACUCUGAGGUCAAACAGUCAUUUCCACCUCCCCCUGACUCACCUAACUUGCCCCUGCCAUCAGCAGAUUUUGUGAAAAACCAGGAAGAUUCCAACGAGAUCCAGUGUCAGGAGUUUCCUACUCCUCCUGACUCUGAUCAGGAUCUCAAUGAAUCCCUGCCACCUCCAUCUGCAGAACUGUUAUAAAUAUUACAACUUUCUUUUCAGCUGAUUUUCCAUUCUUCUCCAAGGACUUUAUCUUUUGUUUUUCUUCACGUGAUGAACUAUAUUAAAUGGCACCUGGUAGCCAAUUUUGAUUUUUAUUCAGGAACUACCUGAAAUCUGCUCAAAGCCCAUAUGCGUAAGCAGAAUUUUUAAAAAUUAUGUAACAGUGAUCUAUUGACUGGCUAUAGGACCUAACUUUUAAGUAUAGUACAUUUACAUAUGUGGAUGGUAUGUGUAUCAAUAUGGUAUGUAUUAUCAAUAACUAAACCAUUUUGGAAAUAAGCAAUCUACAUAUACUUAUUAUUACCCAAAAGAUUUUUUUUCCCUGAAAAGCUGUGAAUAAAUAAAAUUUUAUUUUUCCACUUCAAAGUUUGAGGGGGGAGGUGAGAAUUUAAAUACACACUUCAAGUUCUAAACAAAA